CAGAAAUAUAAGAAGUCCGCGUGCUGGUCAGAGACUGCCAGAUUCACUCCAGAUCCAACUAGCAUACCAUCAUGGUUGAGGAAAAGAAGACAUCCGAACAUGGGGAGAGGGAAGAGACCGCGGGGGAGGUGGAGGAAGUCAGGGUUGCUCACGAUGCUCUGAACAUGAAAUACAGCCCCUUUACGCUGUCAAUGUUUCGACUUUACCUGUGUCUUAUUAUCCCAUAUCUAUGCGGCUGUCUCAAUGGGUACGAUGGCUCAUUGAUGGGAGGACUGAAUGGGAUGGACUCAUAUCUGGCCUUUUUCAACAUGAAAACCUCUGGUUCGAGCACUGGCAUCGUCUUUGCCAUCUACAAUAUCGGCUCCAUCCCCGCUGUCUUUUUUACUGGGCCGGUCAACGACUACUGGGGGCGUCGCAUGGGCAUGUUCAUUGGCGCCUUGAUCAUCGUUAUAGGAACCUGCAUCCAAGCGCCGUCUGUCAAUAGGGGCAUGUUCCUUGCAGGUCGAUUCAUCUUGGGAUUUGGUGUGAGCUUCUGCUGCGUUUCUGCGCCGUGUUAUGUCAGUGAGAUGGCUCAUCCAGCGUGGAGAGGCACAAUUACUGGUUUGUAUAACACGACAUGGUAUAUUGGGUCUAUUCUUGCCAGCUGGGUCGUGUACGGGUGCGCCAAACUCGACAACCCAGACUCGUUUCGCAUUCCCAUCUGGUGCCAACUCAUUUCAUCGGCCUUCGUUGUCCUCGGGGUCUGGUUCAUUCCAGAGUCACCGCGCUGGCUGAUGGCACAGGACCGCAGUGAAGACGCCGCCAAAGUUCUCGCAAAAUACCAUGGAGACAAGGACCCAGAGCAUCCCAUCGUCGUGCUGCAACUCAAAGAAAUGCAGCAAAGCAUCGCCACUGACGCCUCCGACAAGAAGUGGUGGGACUACCGUGAGCUCUAUACAGGACACUCCGCCCGUCGCAGACUUAUCUGCGUGCUCGGUAUGGCCUGCUUUGGACAGAUCUCUGGUAACUCGGUCACCUCGUACUAUCUGCCUGUGAUGCUUGAGAAUGUGGGAAUAGUUACGGAAAGCCGCAAGCUGCUGCUCAACGGUAUAUACCCACCUUUGUCAUUUAUCGGUGCUAUAACGGGUGCAAGGAUGACCGAUACAAUCGGACGUCGUCCACUACUCAUAUACUCUCUGUUGUUCUGCUCUAUCGCCUUUGCCAUUAUGACGGGCACAUCAAAGCUGGCCACGGAUGAUCCUUCGAAUACAGCCGCCGCGAACACCACUAUCGCGUUCAUCUACUUAUUCGGGAUUAUUUUCUCCUUUGGCUGGACACCGCUGCAAUCCAUGUACAUCGCUGAAUCCCUGACAACAACAACCCGCGCCAAAGGCACUGCAGUUGGUAACCUUGCGUCCUCGAUCAGCGGUGCCGUGAUCCAGUACAGCUCGGGUCCGGCAUUUGAAAACAUCAAGUACUACUUCUAUCUGGUCUUUGUAUUCUGGGACCUGAUUGAGAUUGUCAUCAUGUGGUUCUUCUUCCCUGAGACGAAGGACCGCACGCUCGAGGAGCUGGAGGAGGUCUUUUCUGACCCGAACCCUGUCAAGCGCAGUCUGAUUAAGCGUGAUGAGACGACGGUUCUGAAGACGAUGCAUGUUGAGAAUGCUGAGACUAAGGAGAUACAGGUAUAGUACCAUGGUAGCUGCAGUGAUGCGGUGUUGUAUUUAAUUACAUAUCGGUAAUGGAUUUACAUUUAUGAACUGCUUUGAAUAUUAUAUAUUAAAGAACACUUGCUUUGCUGGCUACAUACAAAUCCGACCGUAUAAUACACCCACUCCUAUGCUUAAACCCUAGCCCUUUGUAAUUCCUCGCUCGUCAGCGGAGCCUGACAGCUUAUACACCUCGAGGUACUCGUCCCGCUGUCAAGUUCUGGCCACUGGUCUCUUCUCUUGUUGUAGACCGGGCAGGACCGGGUGGACUGCU